UUAUUCCUCUAAAUUGAAGCCUCUGAAUUAUACUCCUCAUAAGUUUCCUGCAAGGUCUUCGCUCAUUUGAAAAUUGAAUUGUCACAAAUUCUACUUAUUAAGAUGAAUAUUCCCUGCUGUGAGACGCCAUGGAGAAGAAUUAUGACUAGGUUUUUUACAUCAAAAGUAGCUGUUUGCUGUAUGAUUCGAUCCCACAUUGAUUGCAAUUAUAACGGCCCUAUUCUGCAUAAUAUUAAGGUUGAUCAAGUUCUUGAACCUGGAACAAGAGUAACUGUAGAGAUGGGAACAAACCAUUACCUCGACAAGGUCGCUGGGGUCGAGACCAUCACCGCCCCAACAUGGGUGGGUUGAUCGAGAUACAUGGUCGCCGCCAGGUCGGCUGGGUCGCCCUAACACAUGCAGCGCAGUGAAGCUUUUAAGGGAGGAUAUGAUCAUCUGAUUGGGACCUCCGAACAUGGGUUAGUUAUCAAUUGUUCAGAGCUUACUCUACCAUCUUUCAAGCACCUCCUGAUCGCCUUUGGUGGACUCGCCGGACUGGGAGAGGAUGCAGUUUUGAAGGGCAAAACUGUGAGUGACAUAUUUGACAUCUAUCUGAAUACUUGCCCUCAUCAAGGAAGCCGAACUAUCCGGACAGAGGAAGCGAACCUUAUAUCACUCCAGUAUUUUCAAGAGCCAAUAAAUAGCGUUUCACAUAAAUAUCAACAGCCAAGCUAAUAGUUUUAACUUGGCCAAGAUUCCAAAAUAGUGAGAUCCGCAAUGCUUCUCCGCCUGCUGCAGAUGUGCAUGUUAUCUCGAUCUGGGAGUUGGUCGGAUGAACUCAUGAUUUUCGGUCACGAGAUUGUCCCAUUUGUUAGGCCUUAUCAGUUUUCUACUUGUACUUGGCUGUUGUAGCUGGAUUUAUUGAGUUUGUUAUUGCUUGUAGUGGAUUAUGAUCGAAAUAUUUGGGGGUAAAUUCAAUCUAUAAAAAUUUAAAGAUUGUGCCUU